UUCUUAAUGUAAACAAUACUCUGCAACCAGCAAAAUAGUCCACGAAACACAGUCUACGCUGGAAGUACCAAUAAUUCGUCCAAAUGUUUAAAUUCCUUUCGAAAGCACUCGGUAUCUGCGGGUAUAUCGUUCAGUAUGGUUGCAUUACACACUGCACCUUCGAGUACAUCGGUGACUUUGUGGUGUGCGUUGGACCAUCGAUGGAACCAACCCUAACAACGAACAAUGUACUCAUUACGGAUCGUAUCACACCACGGCUCGCCAAACUACAGCGCGGCGAUAUAAUCAUUACGAAAAGUCCUACAAACCCGGUGCAGCACGUGUGCAAGCGCAUUAUCGGCAUGCCAGGGGAUCGCAUCAUGACGCGUGCAUCGUUCAAUCUCAACCCACUGUCCAAUACGUAUACGAUCUAUACGGCCGUGUUACCUACCGGUGCAAGCGAGCCGGAUGCGGAUGAGCAGCGUCCGAAGACAAAAUCACAGCAGCACUACGAAGCAAUGGCCAAGCUACGGGAAAAGGUCGAUUACGUGAGCCAUUCGGUAGAGGAAACGCAAACGAAAAAGCAGGACCCACCCGGAAAAUCGCAGCGCGUCGCAAUGGAUAGUGAUGGACGAGGGAUGGAAUUGGACAUGCAGCCGGAACCGAGGACCAGCAUCGUUACGGUGCCUCGUGGUCAUCUGUGGAUUGAGGGUGAUAAUGUGCAAAACAGUUCCGACUCGCGCAACUACGGUCCGGUACCGAUCGGGUUGGUAAAGAGCCGUGCCGUGUGCCGGCUGUGGCCUUUGAGUGAGUUUAAACUAUUCAUCUGA